UAAAUAAAUAAAAAAUCAUAACCAACGCAUUUGCUUAUUCGAUAUUGUAACUUGUAUAACUGGAGUUUGGCCUGUUGAUCAUCAGCUCAAACCUUCCCUCCUUAUUCCUACCUGUCUUCGACGCUUCGUCCACGGCAACAUCGCCGCCGACCUGAGAGAAUUGUCAUGUCUGCAAGAAGGCAUAUUCGACCAACUUUAGAAGGGCGUGUUAUCCAAGCACCUGGGAUGAUGCGUCAUGGUCCAUUUCCUGCUGGCCACCGUACAUCAGAGCCACUCUCUCAUUCUGAUCUUCUAGAGCAUAGGCUUGCUGCUCAGGCUGUGGACAUUGAACAACUUGCAGGGGAUAAUAAUAGAUUGGUUACUAGUCAGAUGGCCUUGAGGGAGGACCUUGCUGCUGCUCAGCAGGAAGUGCAAAGACUCAAGGCACAUAUUAGAAGCAUCCAGACUGAAAGUGAUAUCCAGAUCAGGGUUUUGCUGGAUAAAAUUGCAAAAAUGGAAAAAGACAUCAGGGCUGGUGAGAACGUGAAAAAGGACCUCAAACAGGCACAUGUGGAGGCACAGAACUUGGUCAAAGAAAGACAAGAGCUUGCUACACAAAUCCAACAGGCUUCACACGAGUUGCAGAAAAUCCACACUGAUGUAAAGAGUAUACCAGAUUUGCAUGCUGAGCUUGAGAAUUCAAGGCAUGAACUCAAGAGGUUAAGAGCUACAUUCGAGUACGAAAAAGGAUUAAAUAUAGAGAAGGUGGAGCAAAUGCGAGCAAUGGAACAGAAUCUCAUAGGGAUGGCAAGAGAAAUGGAAAAUUUGCGCGUUGAUGUCUUGAAUGCUGAGACCAGAGCACGUGCACCAAACCAAUAUAUUGGUGGCUACGCAAAUCCUGAUGGAUAUGGGAGGCCUUUUGUUCACAUGGGUGUUGGACCAGCAGCGGAAGGGAUAAUUCCUUACAACAGUAGCAACAGUGUAGCGUCCAAUGUUGGGUUUGGUGGUGCAGCAAUGUCUACUACUGGUGGUGUCGCUCAAUGGGUAGGGCCUUUUGAUCCGUCGCAUGCUCGGGGGUGAACAAGAUGAAGCUUCGAUCAGGAGCUAUCCAGAAGCUUUUCUGCCUGCCUUGUCUGGCAUCAGUUGCUACAAGGCGAACAUGAAGUAGUCUUCAUUAGAGGCUUUUCACUAGCUUUGGCUGCCUACCACUUUGCUGUGCAUUUGCAAAAUGCAUAAUUCCGCUAAUGUUGUUGUGUAUAUUAUAGAUUAGAUGUUUUCUUCACUUGUUAGCUAAAGUGACAUAUGGCAUUGCAAUGUGUAAUCUGUUAAAACAUUUUAAUUUACGUAGUUCAUCAAGAAGCUGCAAUCUGCAGAACCUUUUAA